AUGCAAAGCUCCUUCUACACGAACAUCCAUCACCAAGAAAACGUCACUGAAAGCCUAACAACCACUCCGGAUCUCGUCUUGAACCAGACAUCAGACUGGGGACCCACGCGCGAUCCUCUGUAUAUAGUGAUACCCAUCACCAUUAUUUACGUCGUAAUUUUUUUAAGCGGUAUCCUGGGAAACAUCAGCACUUGCAUUGUGAUCGCUAGAAAUAAGUGUAUGCAUACGGCUACUAAUUAUUAUCUAUUCAGUUUGGCUGUUAGUGAUUUGCUGUUGUUGGUGUCUGGAUUGCCUCCUGAAGUGUAUUCAAUUUGGUCGAAGUAUCCGUAUGUGUUCGGCGAGGCGUUUUGUGUUUUACAGGGUUUAACAGCUGAAACGUCUGCAAAUGCCACCGUCCUUACCAUCACGGCCUUCACAGUCGAACGUUACGUGGCGAUCUGUCAUCCCUUCCUGUCACACACGCUAUCAAAGUUGAACAGAGCCAUCAAAUACAUCAUACUCAUUUGGGCCAUAGCGAUUGGACUUGCCAUACCGCAAGCCAUGGCAUUUGGAAUCGUCUGUGAGGUCUUAGCAAAUGGUUACAUCGUCGAAGACCACUGCGUAUGCAUGAUCAAAAGAGAGAUCAUUCCACACAACUUCCUAAUCUCCACUUUACUUUUCUUCGUAGCGCCCAUGUCCCUCAUUACGGUCCUGUACAUUUUUAUUGGGCUGCAGCUACGCAAAUCGACAGUGGGGCCCUCUAGAGGCAGCAGUAUAAAAAUGAAGCACCAGAAGGUGUACAAGCCGGUCGUGGCUUAUGUACAUCCGUCGACGCAGGUGCUGGUGAUGAACAGGGGUGACGAAAUGAGUCAACAGCAACAGUAUGGAAGUCAACAAGAAGAAGUGGAGGGCAGGAAAAAUUUUGCCAAGAAUGCGCAGGCUACCAAGCACGUUGUUAAAAUGUUGGUGGCUGUGGUGGUGGCAUUCUUCAUCUGUUGGGCACCGUUUCAUGCGCAGCGACUGUUGGCCAUUUACGGGGGUAGCGAAGAUACCGAAAAAACUUCCUACAUGAUCUUGACCUUCCAGAUUUUGACGUACAUUAGCGGAAUUUUUUAUUACCUAUCGACCACUGUGAAUCCCCUCCUGUACCACAUCAUGUCCAACAAGUUUAGGGAAGCUUUUAAGAAAACCUACAAGCACGUCUGCAGGAAAGGUCACAAACAGCCAGUAGUGGCGGCGGUUGGGGAGGAGGAUGUGGUGGUGGAGGAACCAGAGGCACUUCGCUCCGUCGUCUCGAAGAUGCAGUGGCGGCGCGUCUACAUGACCAUCGACGGCCGCUGGUUGUUUCCUUCAGAAGGCAGAAGAGGACGCCGCAGUCGCAUCAAGGUGAGGUAGUCGAAGGCUGUAUAUCGACCGAAAGGACCGCGAACGGAUUGGCGCAGUCAGUAG